UCAGCAGUCUCCGGUCGCUCUCGCCUCCCUUGCGCUACCGGCGGCCGCAGCCGCGCACUAACGCCGGCCUGGAGGAGCAGAGUGUUUAUUUCCAAGCGGGGCUCAAUGCUAGGUGCUACUGCUCACUGGUGAUGAGACAGAUGGAGGUCACCAACCUUGUGGACCAGAGCCCAGUGUCACAGACGUGGACCUCACUCUAGCCUGGUCAUGGCUUCCAGCUUCUCAGAUCUAAGGCUCCAGAGGAGGAAAUGAGUGUUCAGGGAUUUUGCUCCAGAUCGAUUACAGAAACUGAACCUUCAUAGGGUGCAGACUUAAGGAGGACAGGAAGGUUUCUCUCUUUGAAGGGCUUUAAGUUUGUAACAAAGAAAAUAAAAAUGACAACUUCAUCUAUUAGACGACAGAUGAAAAACAUUGUCAACAAUUACUCGGAGGCUGAAAUCAAAGUCCGGGAAGCCACCUCCAAUGAUCCGUGGGGCCCAUCCAGCUCUCUGAUGACCGAGAUUGCUGACCUGACCUACAAUGUGGUGGCCUUCUCAGAGAUCAUGAGCAUGGUGUGGAAACGGCUCAAUGACCACGGCAAGAACUGGCGGCACGUGUACAAGGCGCUGACGCUGCUGGACUACCUCAUCAAGACGGGCUCCGAGCGCGUGGCCCAGCAGUGCCGGGAGAACAUCUUUGCCAUCCAGACCCUCAAGGACUUCCAGUACAUCGACCGCGACGGCAAGGACCAGGGCAUCAAUGUGCGGGAGAAGUCAAAGCAGCUGGUAGCCCUCCUCAAGGACGAAGAGCGGCUGAAGGCUGAGAGGGCCCAGGCUCUCAAGACCAAAGAGCGAAUGGCCCAGGUCGCCACUGGCAUGAGCAGCAACCAGAUCACUUUUGGGCGUGGCUCCAGCCAGCCCAACCUCUCUACUAGCUACUCGGAGCAGGAGUACAGCAAGGCUGGGGGAUCUCCGGCCUCCUACCAUGGCUCACCCGAGGCCUCGCUGUGCCCCCAGCACCGCACAGGGGCCCCGCUGGGUCAGAGUGAGGAGCUGCAGCCGCUGAGCCAGCGCCACCCCUUCCUGCCGCCGCACCUGGGGCUGGCCUCCCGCCCAAAUGGCGACUGGUCCCAGCCCUGCCUCACUUGUGACCGCGCAGCCCGAGCCACCUCCCCGAGGGUGUCCUCUGAGCUGGAGCAAGCCCGGCCCCAGACUAGCGGAGAAGAAGAGCUUCAGCUGCAGCUGGCGCUUGCCAUGAGCAGAGAAGUGGCUGAGCAGGAAGAACGCCUCCGGCGAGGUGACGACCUCAGAUUGCAGAUGGCCCUGGAGGAAAGCCGAAGGGACACAGUUAAAGUUCCAAAGAAGAAAGAGCAUGGCUCCCACCCACAGCAGACCACUCUGUUGGAUUUAAUGGAUGCUCUUCCCAGCUCAGGCCCAGCUGCCCAGAAAGUGGAGCCCUGGGGCCCGUCAGCCUCAGCUAACCAGACCAACCCCUGGGGCGGGCCGGCAGCUCCUGAGAGCACUUCGGAUCCCUGGCCACCGUUUGGUGCCAAGCCAGCUGCCUCUGUUGACCCAUGGGGCGUGCCUCCCGGAGCCAGCACACAAUCUGUCCCUAAGAGCUCAGACCCCUGGGCAGCUUCACAACAGCCUGCCCCCAGUGGUGGGAGGGCAACUUCUGAUGCCUGGGGUGCAGUCUCUACCGCCAAGCCAGUGUCUGCCUCUGGGUCCUUGGAGCUCUUCAGUAAUCUGAAUGGUACAGUUAAAGACGAUUUUUCUGAAUUUGACAACCUCCGAACUUCAAAAAAAUCAGCAGAAUCUAUGGCUUCUAUUCCAUCCCAAAACAAUGGAACCACAAGCCCUGACCCCUUUGAGUCUCAACCCCUGACUGUUGCCUCAAGCAAGCCCAGCAGUGCCCGGAAAACACCUGAGUCCUUCUUGGGCCCCAACGCAGCCCUGGUGAACUUGGACUCACUGGUGACCAGACCUGCCCCACCAGCCCAGUCCCUCAAUCCCUUUCUGGCUCCAGGUGCAGCUGCCACCUCAGCCCCUGUCAACCCCUUCCAGGUGAACCAGCCCCAGCCGCUGACGCUGAAUCAGCUGCGGGGGAGUCCAGUCCUAGGGACCAGCACAUCCUUUGGGCCUGGCCCUGGGGUGGAGCCCAUGGCUAUGGCCUCCGUGACAUCCAUGGCCCCACAUCCAGCUCUGGGGGCCAGCGGUUCUUCUCUGACAACAAUGAACAUGGUGGGCAGUGUGGGCAUCCCCCCAUCGGCAGCUCAGGCCGCUGGCACAACCAACCCUUUCCUUCUCUAGUGCCCUGGGCCUGGGACCCACCCCUGAGCAGGCGCCAGGGCAAUUGUGCUAGAGGAUGCCGAGCAGGGGUCCUGGUUUGUGGGACGGGCCUGAGCGUUUGGGGUGGGAGGUGUUAGGGCCUUUCAGUUCCAGCUUCCUGAUAACAGAGUUGUCUUUACAGCCCUGACACUCAGAGUUAAGAGUAGCGCACAAGCCUUCUGAAACAGGCCCACUCACCUGCCCCAGCCUGGCCUGCUCUUACCACCUCCUCCCAAGCGUCAGGUCCUCUCAGGGCUCCUCUGAGGCCUUGGUGAGGAGGCAGAGUUGUCAGUGUGGCCCUUGCCCCAGCCCUAGGGAUGCCCCAGCAGUCCCAGUGUGGAUGGUGUGAAGCACUGGCUCCGUGAAACACUGACCGUUUGGGGACGUGGUUGUGCAUAUUUUAUUUUUCUUUGACUCGUGUGUGAGUUCAAAGUAAACGACACCACCGUGGACAACUCUUGAAUUAAAUCCACUAGAGUGAGCUUUAAACUAAUCUGAGCAUAACCCUGCCACGUGGCUUUAUGCUUGUAUACGUUUGCACAUAUUUUGUUUAGUACAGUUUCAUAUUUGAGUUUGCAGAAUUAUCUAAUAGUCUUUUUUUGGCUAAUAUUUUUAUAACGUGGUUCUUAUUUAACUGUCUAGUUUUGAUAGAAUUUACCAGGUCUGGCUGAAUUAAGAUAUUAGCACACAUCAUUUUAGUGGUUUAAAUCCUUUUAUUUAUGGUUUUAACUCUAAGAAAAGUUUAAAAAGAUGUUUGGAUGACAAGAAAAAAUGCCUUAUGGAAAAACUAAAGCAAAUUCUUUAUAGGAAAAAAUAUGGGAAUUUGAUUACACAUAAAAGAUGAUGUUUAUUUAAAAAAAAAAAAAACUACAACAGCAACAAAAAGUCUUAGCCUCCAGCUGCCUUUUCCUUUCUUUAACUCCCUUUUUUGAUGAAUUACUAAACUGAUUGACUUCAGCCUUUUUGGCUAGAUCCUGAGAGAGAGGCUGUUUUUCUUACUUAUACACCAACAUCUUCAGCAUUUAAAGAUAAAAAUCUAACGUAUGAACGUGACUCACAAAUUUUUAUCAACUAAUUCCUUUUGUUAAUUAAAGGCAUGCAGGGAUUAACAAGGACUUCUGUUUAUAACAGAAAUCUGAAAUAGAAGAAACAUCUUUAACCUUGCGUGUCUGUGCUGUCCUGUCUUAAUCCACACUCAGGUUAAAGAUGGGGAUAAUGUGGAAAGGGCAUUUGUCUCAAGGGUGGGGGGAUGCUGCUUCUAUGUCUGCAGCUCCCUGGGGAGCAGUCCCCAGGCUGAGACGAGGGGUGAGGGACCAGGGCUGGCCCUGAUCCACCUACCUGCUAAUUCUAGACGUUAUUUUUAAAUUGCAGACUUAAAAAUAGUCAUUUCUCAUUUUGGAGAUGUAGAAAAAAGUCAUUCUCACAAGAGAUAGAUUUUUUUUUUUAACAAACAUGCACUAAUAUUACCUCCUUUACCCAACCUCCUACUGUUCUCAUCCCACCCACCACUGAAAAAAAAGUAUUAAGUCACGAAGGCCAGAGAAGACUUGUUAGUCCCCAGGGAAGAGACGGUCCCCACCCUGUGUCUAGGUAGCUUGCCUACUGGGCAUUUCUGGCUCCUUUUCCACUGUGUGGACUUCUCACCUUCAGCUCCAAGGGCAGCCGACCACCUGCCAGCCCCUCUCCAAUUCCAGAAGGAGAUCUGACCCUUAACACUGGCACUGGGAAAUUUAAGACUUAAAAAUAGUCUCUGGGAUGCCAGGAGGACAUGCGUGGUCUGAGUGAAGAUUGACUACCUGUGAUGUCCCCAAGGCUGUCCUCUCUGGCCCCAGGAGCCACUCCUCCACCAGAACCAGAGGAUGCAGGAAGGUGCAGGAAGGCUGCUGCCAGAGGAAGGCGGGGGCCCGGUGGGGUGUGGGAUCAGGGUGCUCGCCCACGUAGGUGCUUUCCCUCCAAUGGUGCAGGGCCUGGACCAGCCUUACAGGUCAGCAGACCAGACUUGACUUCUUGGGGUCAGUGAUUCUUUUGUAACAGACAAGCACUCUUCCUAAUGAGACUUCAAGGCCCCACCAUGACAGCCCCGCUCCCUGGUCCUAGCACAGGCCAUCCUGAGUGCACGUCGUCCCUGUUGCCUGCUGCACUGAUCAUGAAGCCACUGGCCACUGCCAUUGUGUUCCCUCCUGACCGGCACCGCAAGGGAGGAAGUCACUGGGGCCGGCAGCUGGUUCUGAACUUGUGUUGACUGUUGAUACUUAUUUACUGUAUAAAUAUAAUUUAUCAUUUGUAUCAUGA